AACUCUAACUACUCUCCUGUAUUCUAUGGUCUUCUAUGCAACCCUUCUCAUCAUCCCAGCAGACUGCAGUCUGGGUUAUGAUCUGGGGAAGCCCAAAAACCAUGUUCCCUUCUUCAUCUUUGGCGAUUCCUUCGUAGAUGCCGGAAAUAACAACUACAUCGGCACCGGCGCCAUCCAGGCAAAUUUCUGGCCUUAUGGACAAACCUUAUUCCACUACCCCAAUGGGCGUUUCUCCGAUGGCCGCCUAUCUCCGGAUGUUAUCGCGGAAUUUGCUAACGUGCCGUACAUACCACCGUUUCUACACCCUGGCGUUCAUCAGUUCAGUGAAGGAGCAAACUUCGCCUCUUCUGGAGCUGGUGUUCUGGUUGAAACCUUUAAAGGACUGGUAAUCAACCUCAAAACACAGCUGAGCUACUUCAAGAAGGUGGCGACUGGGUUGAGACAGGAACUAGGAGACGGUGAAGCUAAGAAACUGUUCUCAAGAGCAGUUUACUUAAUUAGUGUAGGGAGCAACGACUACAUGUAUCCUUUCUUGAGCAACUCCACCAUUCCAGAGUCCUCUCAGACACAAUACGUCGGCAGAGUGAUUGGCAACUUGACCAGUGUGAUACAAGAAAUAUACAAGAUAGGAGGCAGAAAAUUUGGUUUCAUCAGAUUGGGGCCGUUGGGUUGUGUACCAGCACUGAGAGCUCUCAAACCAGAAAACAAAGGACGUUGCUUAGAAGAAGCAUUAACACUUUCGAAACUACACAAUAAGGCUCUAUCGAAUCUCCUCAGAGAACUCGAGAGCCAGUUUCCAGAGUUGAAAUAUUCAAAUUAUGAUUUCUAUAGCUUCCUCAGACAACGAAUGAAGUACCCAUCAAAAUAUGGUUUCAAGGAAGGAGAAAGUGCGUGUUGUGGCAUAGGACCCUUGAGGGGAGUCAUGAGCUGUGGUGGAAGAGGAAGAGUGAAAAAUUAUCAGUUAUGUGAUAAACCCAGUGAAUAUGUGUUUUGGGAUGCUAUACAUCUCACAGAUAAGGCAUACCAACAAAUGGCAGAGCAGAUGUGGAACGGAACCAAUCCUGUUGUAGAGGGAAAUUACAAUUUGAAGAGUUUCUUCCCGUCUGUUGCGCCAUAGCUGCUUAUAGUUAUAACUCAUCUCUCUCUCUCUCUAGUCUCUGUGUUCUAAAUAAAUUGAGAUAAAUAUUUAUGUAAUUUCUUCCAAGUUACAAUUUACAUGAUACUGUACACUUUUGUAU